UUUUAAUUUAAAAUGGAAAAAGAAGAGACUAAGUCGGUUAGCAUUGCUGUUGAGGUACCAAACAUUCUAGAGAUUCUCAGACACAGCAUUAAGACAGAAGAUAUUGAAGAGUUUGAAGGCUUAAUUAAGGAUAAAGACAAGUUAUCCGUACUCAAAGAAUUUGAAAUCCUCAAAGAAAUUGUACAUGUUGGCACUCCAAGGUUUUUGGACAAAAUCACGAAGAUAAAGCUUGAUCAAAAAGAUAUUGUAUUCGGAGAUACCCUCCUUCACUAUACUGUAGCGAAGAAGGAAUAUGAAAUGAGUGCUGUUUUGUUACAGAAAUAUGAAGAUAUUAAUAUUCCUAAUGAUAGUGGAAAAACUCCUUUAGCUAUUUCAUGCAUUUCUGGAGAUCUCAAAAUGAUCAAAAUGCUUUAUAAAUAUGGAGCAAAGAUGACAGCCAUAGGUGAUGAGAUUUCUCCUCUGUGCCUUUCUAUUUACAAUGGGCACUUCUUUUGAACUUUAUUCUUGCUAGCACUAGAAGAAGUUAUAAAAAGUUUAACAGUUCAUGAAAAUUUUGGUAAAGAAUUAAUGAAAACUUUAAUUUAUGUUGUCAGCACUGGGUCAGUGCAGAUUUUUGAUCUCAUUAUCGAGCUAAUAGCUCCAGAAUCUCUUAGAAUGCCAGUCGAUCAGAGCAAUCAAUUCCUUCACCCAAAUGAAAGAAAUAUUCAGAAAUAUUUUAAAUUUUCUACAAGUUAUUCCUUGCUUCACUAUGCAUGUGCUGCAGGGUGAGUUCCUAUCUUCGAAUAUUUGACAUCAAGAGAGGAACUAAAUCUAUUCUCGAGUGACAAUCCAUCCAAUGAGUCUCCUCUGCAUUGGGCGGUAUGUAACCAACAAGAAUCAAUGCUUCCUCUUAUUCUAGAGAAGUACAAACAAGCUGAGAUGAAUCUGAAUGUCAAAGACAUAAAUGGCCAUACUCCCCUCUUUGUAGCAGCGAUUAAGGGUUAUUAUAAGCUUUUUGAUAUUUUGAUAGAAGCUGGCUCAGACAUAAAUGUUCAGGAUAUUGAGGGAGAAACUAUUCUCAAUUGGGCAAUAUUAAUGCAUGAAUCUAGAUUUGCAACUGAAAUUUUAAACAAUCACCCUCAAUUAGAUGUUAAUAUCAAAAAUAAUCAAGGUACAAGUGCCUUGAUUAUUGCUUCUAAUAAUGGAUUUACUAGCCUGGUUCAGCUGAUUUUAGAUAAAGGAGCUAAUAUCCGCGAAAGUAUUAACAUAAAUGCAUUGAAUAUCAAAGAAAUUAUGGAAAUUCUUGAUUCAAAUUCUCUACAUAAGAUCCACGAUGAGAAAGGAUUCCUGCCGAUACAUUAUGCCGUUAUUAGGGAUGAUACUUCCUUCUUAAACUCUCUAUUAUCAAAGGGAGUGAAUAUUUUCCAUAAGGACUUCUAUUUCAAUGGUUUGUCUUUGCUCAGUCUUGCAGUUUUAAACGGAGCUUUCAAUAUUGUCAAAUUUUUAUUUUCAAGCAAUAAUGAGAAAUAAGAUUGGAUAUUGUCAAAAUUUCUUCAUCAAGGAUUCUUCAGGAAAUACUUGAUUGCAUCUUGCUGGAAUCAGUGGGAAUCUUGAUAUUUUCUUUUUCCUUGUAUCAAAAGGAGCAGAUCUUCAAACAAAGAACAAGCUUGGAAAGACUCCUCUUGAUUUAGCUAGGGAAAACAACAAUGAUCAUAUUAUCAACUUUAUUAAAGAUAAUUUCGAAUCCAUCAUAAAUGCAGCUGUGUAAUUUCGAAGAUAAAAAGACAUUUGGAUUCA